AUUCGUAUUAUUAUUAUAGCAUAACAAAAAGUGAUUUUUUUUUUUUUUGUAAUUUGUAAUUUUAUUGAGCACGAUAACCUGUUAGUACAGACUUUGAAUCAGGUCAAGGAAGUUUUGUUGUGUUACAUAUUUUAUUAUUUGGGUAUCAUCUUUUUUGUAAAUGUUAUAAUUUUUAGUGUAAAACGUGAUUCUCGGUGGUCAAUGAUUUAUCUAAUUUAUUAAGAUUCACAACGCAGGUUCGCCUGGUUCAAUUUACACCAAGAAUGAAUGACGGAGCUCUACAUAAAUACUUACCGAUAAUACUCUGUGUUCUCUCACUUCCGUUGUCCAUGUUUAUGUGGAUCGGUAAUGUAGCAUACUCUAAGAUAGCUAAUGACAAUGAAGAAAGCGUCAUUCCGCCCACACGAUGGUUGUUUUCCAUCUUAGCGCCAAUCUUGCUGAUGAUGUACGGACUGAAGCGAAAAGGAGUCAACAAAUCUGGUGCUGCUCUUGGUCUUUUCUGCGCCAUAAUUCUGUCGAUAUCGUCCCACGCGUUCCUCGUCUGCUUGGCCACAUUUUUCUUUACGUCCAGUCGUGCAACAAAAUUCCGAUGCCAUUUGAAACGCAAACUGGAGAUAGAUUUCCGAGGGGGAGAAGGUCAGCGAAAUUGGGCACAGGUGAUCUGUAACGCAGGGAUGGCGACGCAGUUGGCUUUGCUGUACCUGCUGGAUUGUGGUUACGGCGAGCGUCCUGUUGAUUUCACACAGCUUUACAGGUCCAGUUGGCUCAGUGUAGGCAUCAUGGGUUCAUUCGCAUGCUGCAACGGUGACACCUGGGCCAGUGAACUUGGAACAGUCGUUGGUCGCUGGGACCCAUUUUUGAUAACCACAAGAAAACGAGUACCGCGUGGAACGAAUGGAGCAGUUUCUCCGUUCGGACUUCUCGUGAGCUUCUUGGGCGGUGUCGUGGUUGGGCUUUCAUACUAUUUGACUAUUCGGUAUACUGUCGAUGCUAAGAUCUACUCCCACAGCCCGAAUCAGUGGCCUAUUAUUGUGUUCGGGGGCAUUGCUGGUUUGCUGGGAUCGAUCGUUGAUUCGCUGCUGGGGGCUACCCUACAGUACUCGGGCGUGGAUACCAGCGGAAGAAUAGUAGAGCGACCGGGGAAGAACGUGCGUCAUAUUUCAGGAGUGAGAAUUCUGGACAAUCAUAGUGUUAAUUUAAUUAGUAGCAUUAUUACCGCACUGCUUAUGCCGAGCAUUGCGAUGCAUUUCUGGGAUUUGUUUUAGAAAAGACUGCUAGUUACUUGUGGGCAUUAUGUUAUUACUUAAUAGUUUAUGGAACCAUACAAAAUAAACAAUCUGAAUCUUUUUUACAAUGACGAGCAACUUAACUUUAAGCAAAAUAUAUGUUUUAAACUUUA